AUGUUGUAUACUUCCUGCGGCGGACCUACUUCUGCUACUCCUGCUACUAAUUCGUCAGCCUCUCUUGCGCAAGCACAGCAACAGGCCUUUGCUGCGGCUACUGCGGCUCAGCAUGCUCAUGCUCAGGCGGCUGUACAGCAACAACAACAACAGCAACAACAACAACAACAACAACACUUGCUUCAGCAACAGCAACAUCUCUUUCAGCAACAACAGAACCAACAACCUCAACAGCAAACUUUGGCUCAUCUACAACAUAUAUUUGCUGCUUUACAUGCACAACAAUUAUUUCAACAGCAAUUGACUUCGCAGCCUACUGCCAGUGGACAACUUCAAACAAUUUCUCAUAAUGCACUCUCUCAACAGUUGCUUCAGCUAUUUCAUCAACAACAGCUUUCUUCCAACUACCCUGGUGUACAGGCUUCACUUGCAUCUAUUGUUGCAGCUCAGCAGCAGCAACAGACACUAGCUCUUCAACAGCUCCAACGCCAAUCACAAAUGGCUAAUUCAACUUCAGUUACAGACGAAUCGAAUUCUUCUCCUGUUGUCACUUCUGGUCAGACUACAAACUUCUUAUCCUCAUCUCCAUCUCAACCAGCUAUAGUAUCUUCUGCUCACUUGGGGAUGAGUAAUAUUAAUCAGGCAGUCUCAGCUUAUUCGAAAUCCCUUUCUAUUUCACCAUCUGAACAAAGGUCGUCACCUCAAUCUUCCCUCUCGGGUUAG